GUGAAAGGACAAAACUGACUCCGCGUUGGUACUGUGGCACAGGCAUGCCUGCACAAAAUCAGUCAAUAAACAAUUAAAAAUUAGGGCUGUCGAGAUGGCUCAGGGGUAAAAAACAUUUGCUGCCAAGGCUAAUGACUCAAGAUUUCAUCCGCAGGACCCAUACUGUAGUAGGAGAGAUUUUCUGCAAGUUGUCCUCUGACUGCUUCAUGAAUUCCUUCGAUGGCACUACCUUCUCCCCAGAUAAAUAAAUGUACACAAAAAAGAAAUUAUCCAGUUUAGAUGGCAUCUGAGGCAGAGCCCCGUCCCCUGGGCAUGUUUGAGUGCCAGCUCUGUGCCUUGACAGCUCCUUAUACCUAUGUUGGGCAGAAGCCCCCAGACACCCAGGCUGUUGUCCUCCUGGAGGAGAGCUACAUCAUGAAGGACCCCUUCUCCUCCGACAAGGCCAAGUUUCUGGUCCUCGGCUCUCGGUGCAGUGUGUGCAGCAGGCUGGUGUGUGUGGGCCCGGACUGCAGCCUAUUCUAUGCCAAGAGGGUCUGCCUCCCCUGUGUUCAGGAGAAUAUCAGUGCUUUCCCUCAGGAAAUCCGUGAGGAUGUGGAGAAGAGAAAAGGUGCCUCUAAGAGGCCCUCCAGCCAUCCUUGAAUGGCAGGGGCACAACCUCCUGUGCGGCAUUGGGCUGGGCUCAGCCAGGAUUCCAGCUGAGAGCUGGAGCUGAGGAAUGGCCAAGACUGAGGACAGACAGCAGGAGUGGAUCCAGCUGGAGCUCCAGGCCUGGCCUCUAGUGGAGACCGGGAGUGAGGAAGAGGGAGCCUCCUUCAGUGGAACAACUGGUAGACACUUCCUGUAGCUGUUCAUGUGGGAAGACAGCUGGCUUCUCUCCAGGACUUCAAGUGACGUGAAGUCAGCCUCUGAGGGCUAGUGGCAGGGCCAGAGGGCAUGCAAGGGUUACGUCACAUCUUGUAUAAUGCCUGGGAAAUGAUUUAAACUCGACUCUGUCUCGUAUUUCUAAUUAAAAACCUGAAGGAUAAGUAA